AAUAUCAAUAAAUAAAUUAGUUUAUCAAGUGUUAGUCAUUAGACUUUAUAAAAUAUCAAUAAACGCGAAUUAAAUCGUGACACCUUAAAAUGUUCACAUAUCCAAAUAUUUAAUGAUAUUUAUUUGUAUUUUUUUAAAUACGCUCUUGAUAGUGUCAUAUAGGCUAAGAAUUUUUAAAGUUAUAAUUAAUAGGUGUCAUAUAAUUAGUUGUUAAUAAACAAUCCGUAGAAUUAAAAAAUAAGUUAGUACGAUGGAUGGGAUUAAAAGUGAAGAUGAUAGUCAGCGAAGUAUCAACGAUGGCGAUUGGCUCUGUCCUGAUUCACAGUGUGGAAAUGUCAACUUUGCCAGACGCAAUUCUUGCAAUCGCUGUGGAAAAGAUAGAGGAGAGUAUGCUAAGAAGAAAAAACUCGGUCAAGAGAUAGGUAAAGUUGCUGCUGAAAAAAGUCGCGGAUUAUUUAGUGCUGAUGAUUGGCAGUGUAGCAAAUGUGGUAACGUCAACUGGGCAAGACGACAGCAAUGUAAUAUGUGCAAUGCACCUAAAUUUGGUGAAGUUGAAGAGCGAACUGGCUAUGGAGGUGGUUACAAUGAUCGAGGAGUAGUCGAGUACAAAGAACGACGAAAUGACGACGAUGACGAGUACGAUGAGUUCGGUAGGCGACGCAAGAAAAGAAAAAUCGAUCGCUCUGAUGAUGAUUCUAAGGAUUCCAAGUACAGUAGCUCGCCGAGGAGUAAGUCAAAAGAUUCUAGUGAUGAUAAAAUAGCUGAUGAUUCCGCGCUGCGUGAUAAAGUUAAAAGUAAUUAUGAUGAUGAAGAAGAAAAUGAAGAUGAAGACGACGAUGAAGAAGGAGAUUUAUCAAAAUAUGAUUUGAGUGAAUGGGAUGAUUUCGUUCCGCAGAAAAAAAGAUGAAAAGGAGACUGGAGCUCGAAAAAUGCCACAAGCUUUGAUGAUUAAUUAAUUAACUAAUCAAUUGAUUAAUUGAAUGAUAGAUAAUAAAGAUUUGAAAUUAUUAUAUUAUAUAUAAUAUGUAUAUUUGCUCGCAGAGGACUAUGAUUUAAAUUAGAUCAUACUUCCUUAAAAAUUAUAGGAGUAUGAAAGUAAAAUUUUAGCAUAUGCGCGUUAAAUUUAUCAUUGUGAUAUUCUAACAGUCGACACUCUAAUAUAUUUAAUUAAAAAAUAUAAAAUCAUAAUUAUAGA